GGACGGGAAAGACGUCACGGUUCUUGCCCAGCAAAACGACGGCCUCUUCGCUCGAGCGCAAACACCACACUUCCUCUCCCGCUGCAUCUACACGCGCCCCCCCAGUCGCAGCUUUGGCCGCAUUUCCUCCGGCACAUUGAUUAUUUCUCUAAUGCCAUCCCCGCCGAGUUUAUGACCAAUUGCGAAAACACCAGCUUCAGAGAUCUUCUGCCCCGCUGAAUAAGAGCUCUUGCUGGUGGCCAUGUUCGCCCAUUGCAAAGGCCCGACCUGGGAAUCCGAUGACUUCUCGAGGUGUUUUGAGCAAGACUAUCUCCAAGCCUUGUUUCCGCUCCUCGUAAUUGGAAUAUCCGUCCUUUACCUCUCCUUACAAGUAUACCAAGUGACCAAACAAUCCAGGCACUUGGCCUAUGAAAAGAUCCAGAAUCAGUACAAUGCCUGGGAUAUACCUGCUCCUGCUACCUACGGAGUCCACCCCGAAUCCGAUGAAGACACCGAUACGGACAGCGAAAUCGAGCGCAACGAGCCUCUCGGCCUCCAUCCAACCAUCAGUCGAACAGCACGAUCCAUCGUGAAGGUUGACAAGCCAAGGGGGGAGGUAUUCGUGGUUGUUCUUGAAGAGUUGACAGUACUUGCAGAACUGGGAGUCCAUGUUGCGGUCCUGGUGACUGGAACCUGGGGACAUAAGGGGAGGGUUUCGGCCAUCUCUAGCGUUGCUGUAUGGACAUACGUUUCUGUGCUUGCUUCAUUGCGCCUGCUAUUCUCCAGCUCUAGUCGAUUUUCAUUCCCUCGGCUUUGGUAUCAUACGGCUUUUAUCUACGGCUUCCAAUGGAUUUUCACAGUAUUAAUAUUCCGCUCCGCCAUCAUACACCCCCGCUCGACCCUCUCACAACAUCUCGCAUUUGCCGACUUUGCAUUGACGACUUUGCUGUUCUUCAUCGCCUUGACAUCGAGAAAGGGAAACAAGGCCGUGGAAUUAGAAUAUGAAGGGGAUAUCAAGCCUGCGCAGGAACCCAGGGCGAGCGUGCUAUCGUUGGCAACGUUUGCAUGGGUGGACUCCAUUGUCUGGGUGGGAUAUAAGAAAACGUACGAACUGGCCGACGUCUGGAAUCUCCCUCCAAAGGACAAGGCUGCAUCGCUACUCGCAGAAUACCGACAAGUCAAAAAGACGUCAAUCCUUGCGUACCACCUAGUCAAAUACUUCAAGCGAGGUCUUAUCAUCCAGGCAGGUUGGGCCGCUAUCGGUGGCUUUCUGACAUUUGCGCCGACGCUGCUUCUGAAGGCUAUUCUGGAGUACAUGGAGAAGCCGGAAAAUACCCCUCGGAACGCUGCCUGGUUCUACGUCAUUUUGCUUUUCGUUUCUGGGUGCGCUUCAGCUUUGGCUGAUGGCCAAGCGCUUUGGUUGGGGCGCAAGAUCUGCAUCAGAAUUCGGGCUGUAAUUAUCGGAGAAAUAUAUGCGAAGGCUCUGAAGCGAAGAGCUGCUGCAGGUGCCGACAAGAUUCUUGGACAGGAGAAAAAGAAAGAGAAAACCGCUAGGCCCAAGGCCCUAAAACGAAUGAUGACGUUUGGCAGGCGGAAGAAGAAGACUACGGAAGAUGUCAAAUCCCAACAGCCUGACGAAGAAAAGUCCGACUCGCAAGUCACCACCGGUGCCAUCAUCAACCUUAUGGCAGUGGAUGCCUUUAAAGUCAGUGAAAUCUGUGCCUACCUUCAUUUCCUAUGGGCAAAUACUCCAGUGCAACUCGUCGUGGCUAUUGUUCUGCUCUAUCGUAUUCUUGGAUACAGCUCAAUCGCUGGAAUAAGUACAAUGGCGCUACUUCUACCUGUCAACAUCUGGAUCUCAAGACAGUUCUCGAAGAUGCAGAAACUUAUCUCCGCUGCGACUGAUGCCAGAAUCCACACGACUAACGAAGUUUUGACCAACAUCCGAAUCAUUAAGUACUUUGCGUGGGAGCAACGAUACAUGGGCUUAGUCAAUGAGAAGCGCACUAUCGAACUGAAAUACCUGCGUCAACGGUAUAUUCUCUGGGCAUUGGCUGCUACAGUGUGGUCAGGGGCACCAGUACUCAUUACAUUCUUGUCGUUCAUGGUUUUCACGAUGAUUGAAAAGAAAGACCUCGUUCCAUCAGUUGCAUUCACGGCUUUGUCACUAUUCCAAAUCCUGAGAAUUCCAUUGGACCAGCUGGCAGAUAUGCUUGCCCAUGUUUUAGAGUCGAAAGUGUCAGUCGACCGUAUCGAAGAGUACUUGAGUGAGCCUGAAACGGACAAAUAUGUGCAACUCAAAAAUGAGGAGAAGGAUGACCAUGACCAACCAGUCAUUGGAUUUGAGGAUGGCACUUUCAGCUGGGGAGGGAAGGAUAUGGAGAACCAGGGCGCCCAGGACGCCUUCAAACUGAUGGACUUGAACGUUAAAUUCCGCGUCGGGGAGUUGAAUGUCAUCGUGGGGCCUACUGGAUCCGGAAAGACCUCCGUUUUGAUGGCGCUUCUCGGAGAAAUGACAAAAUUGAAGGGUGACGUCUAUCUCCCAGGUGGUCGAAGCAGAGAGGAUGUUCCCUCGGAUCCCGAGACUGGUCUUACGGAAACAGUUGCCUACUGUGCUCAGCAAGCCUGGCUGGUCAACGCCACGAUCAAGGACAAUAUCGUCUUUGCCAGUGAAUGGGAUGUAAAACGCUACAAGGAUGUAUUAGUGGCUUGCUCUCUUCAGAGAGAUCUUGAGAUCCUAGACGCUGGCGAUCAAACUCUCGUGGGAGAGAAGGGCGUCAGUCUUUCGGGCGGUCAGAAACAACGGAUAUCGCUCGCUCGUGCGUUGUACAGCAAAGCUCGUCACGUACUCCUCGACGACGUUCUAAGCGCCGUGGACGCUCAUACUGCCAAGUGGAUCUUUGACAAAGCGAUUAUGGGCCCACUCAUGUAUCACCGCACUUGCAUCCUUGUCACACACAACGUGAGCUUGUGCCUACCUCAGUCCGAAUUCGCCAUGUUAGUGGAUAACGGAAGGGUGACCGCUCAGGGCACUCCGAAACAGCUAGUCGCCUCUGGGAAACUCAGCGAAGACAUAUCCAAAUCCAUGCCGGCUUCACGGGCGGCCUCACGAAUCCCAUCUCGAGUACCUUCUGAUGUUGGCGGCGAGGAGGCCAAUGGUGAAGUAAACCAUAAGAACGGUGGAACGAAUGGAUCCGCGAACGGCUCAGCCGGACCGAAGAAAGAUAUUCCCAGUAGUAAUACUCACGAAGAAAAAAAGGCCGAAGGUGGAGUGAAGCUCGGCAUUAUCAUGCUUUAUCUGCGAUCUAUGGGAACUUGGUACUACUGGCUGGGCGCUGCCGCAAUCUUUGUAGCUCAGCAAGCGUCUUCUGUGGCAACCAAUGUUUGGAUCCGGACAUGGGCGAAUGCCUACAACGAGAAAGAAGUUAGCUCGAUGCACACAAAUCAUGAAUCUCCACUCACCCAUGUCAACGGCAUUAGCGGUUUAGGCACUUGUCUUAGCAGCGGUACCUGUGCCUGGCCUGUACCAUUCUCCCGGUCGAACCAAUCGAAACAUCAAUACUCAACUCAAACCACUCAAGGUUCGAUGAACGUCGACGCAGGAUAUUACUUGGGUGCAUACGCUGUGCUUGGAUUGGUCUUCAUGGCCAUCACAAUGGUGAGAGAAGGCGUCCUCUUCGCCGGAUCACUUUCUGCGUCUCGAAGGAUCCAUCAGCGACUCAUGGAAUCUGUAACUCAUGCCAAGUUUCGCUUCUUCGAUUCCACACCGCUAGGACAGCUCAUGAACAGAUUCUCUAAAGAUAUUGAAUCUGUGGACCAGGAGAUUGCGCCAGUAGCCGUAGGAGUCGUUCACUGCUUGUUCUCUAUCAUCACCAUCGUCAUCCUCAUCUCUGUCAUCACACCUGGCUUCCUCAUUGCUGGCGUAUUCAUUACCAUCCUCUACGUAUUGAUUGGCAAGUUUUACAUCAACUCCUCCAGAGAUCUUAAGCGCCUCGAGUCGGUCAACCGUAGUCCACUCUAUCAGCAAUUCGGGGAAACGCUGUCGGGAAUGACAACUAUCCGAGCCUACGGAGACGAAAGGCGCUUCAUUCGUGAAAACCUUACCCGUAUAAACACUCAGCAUCGACCGUUCAUCUACUUGUGGGCAGCUAAUCGCUGGCUUGCUUUCCGUGUUGAUGUGGUUGGUGCCUUGGUAUCCUUCUUUGCCGGCAUUUUCGUCAUCAUAAGCGUUGGCAAAAUCGAUGCUGGUUCUGCAGGUCUCGCGAUGACAUACGCGGUGACCUUCACUGAAAAUGUCCUCUGGUUCGUGCGGCUGUACUCGGCCAAUGAACAGAACAUGAACUCGGUUGAGCGUAUCAAGGAGUAUCUCGAUGUUGACCAAGAGGCUGCGCCUAUCAUUCCGGAUAACAGACCAGCUGCAAAUUGGCCGAGCAAGGGUUCAGUGGAGUUCAUUGGAUACAGCACAAGAUACCGGAAAGACUUCGACUUGGUCUUGAAGCAAAUCACUUUCAAGAUCUUACCUGGAGAGAAAGUUGGUGUUGUGGGACGUACUGGAGCUGGAAAGAGCUCUUUGGCACUCGCGCUCUUCAGAGCUCUUGAAGCUGAGGAGGGCAAGAUUCUCGUUGAUGAUGUAGAUGUCGGAUUGAUCGGACUGCAAGACUUGCGGGAGAAUAUUGUUAUGGUACCGCAAGAUCCGACCCUGUUCACCGGCACCGUGCGCAGCAAUCUUGACCCCUUCGGUCUUUUCACGGACGAGGAGAUCUACACAGCUCUCCGCGAAGUCCAUCUAAUCUCCGCCGCCUCCAUUUCAACCACACCCGUGCCCGGCAGCCCUACCUUGGGAGACAGCCCAAACAACCUCACCAAGUCCACCGCCACUACCGACUCCUCCGCCACCCUCGUGGACGUCCCUAGCGCCGCUACCACGAACCCUGGCAGCAUCAUGGCCAGCACCCAAGCCUCCGAACCCUCCGACGCCACCAUUACCAUACCGAACGGCGACAGCCCGUCUUCUCCUACCAACGCCAUGACUGCCGACAACAAAAACGUCUUCAAAAACCUCCACUCCCCCAUCGCCGAAUCCGGCUCCAACCUCUCCCAAGGCCAGCGCCAGCUCCUCUGCCUCGCGCGCGCGUUACUCAAAGCACCCAAGGUGCUGCUUAUGGACGAGGCAACCGCGUCCAUCGACUACGCCACCGAUGCGAAGAUCCAGGAGACCAUCCGCGAGAUCAAGAACACGACCAUCACGAUUGCGCAUCGCCUGCAGACGAUUAUCGAUUACGAUAAAGUGCUUGUGCUGGAUAAGGGCGAGGUUAUUGAGUAUGGGGAUCCGUGGGAUUUGGUCAGGAGGGAAGGUGGCGUGUUCAGAGGGAUGUGUGAGACGAGUGGGGAAUUGGAGCAGCUGGAGGGAGAAGCGAGGAGAGCGUGGGAGGGGAGGAGGUUGGUGGAUGAUAGUUAGGGCGGACAAAAUGAGCGAUGGACGUUGCUAAUAAAAGGUGUGAGAGUUGAUAGAUUAGGACAUAGGGAUGGGGUACGAGAGGUGAUGCAUACUUGUAUGUACAUACGGCGUUUUGGGGUAUAGACUUUUUCAUUAUUUGAGGCUUGUGAGUUGCUGUUGGGGCUUUUGUGAGAGUUUGAGUGGGUUGAUGGAGUAUGACAUAUACAGUAUUUUGGUAAUUAUACUCGCUGUAUCCUCUGUAUGACUUCAGUGAGAUGCACGAGGACGGCUGUUCCAGAUGUGCUCGUACUGUAUGUGGCGCUUAACCACACAUGAUCAAUUCACCAAGCAUACUCUAUAGGUC